AUGCCUCAAACCAUCCCACCACCGCAAACUCCCCAAAACCAGGCCGCGCCGUUGCCAGGAGGGCAAGCCGUUGCCUACGCGCCUGCGCAAGCCUCCCCCCCGCCGAAGACUACUCCGACGAAGACCACGCUGAAGGCCCUACCGACCGUGAGAGACCACACCACCGACCAGCUCAACGCCGCCGGUGACGAAUACCUCCCGAGAGAGAUCGAUGAAUUUGGAGAGAAGAAGGUGAUGCCCAACGGGCAGCUUUUAGGCGGUCGUGAAUACAAAUGCCGGACAUUCUUGGUCCCUAACCGUGGCGACAAGCUCUUCAUGUUGGCCACGGAGUGCGCAAGAGUACUGGGAUAUCGUGAUUCGUACUUGCUGUUCAACAAGAACAGAUCGCUCUACAAAAUCAUCGCCAGCCAGCCCGAAAAGGACGACCUUGUCAGCCAGGAGAUUUUACCAUUUUCGUAUCGGUCACGACAGAUUGCCAUCGUCACGGCACGAUCCAUGUUCAGGCAAUUCGGCAGUCGCGUCAUUACCAAUGGCCGAAGAGUCCGCGACGACUAUUGGGAAACCAAGGCACGAAAGCAAGGCUUCACCGAAGCCGACCUCGCUGGUGAGAAGCGUCCCGGGGCCGCCAAGGCCAGAGAAGCUGCCGCCGAGGCGCAAAACCAGGUCAUGAUGGGAGGUCCGCACGGAGAAAUCGUUUACAGCAACACUCCCAGCCAGUUCCCCGGCGCCCCCCAACCCCAGAUCGUCCAACCAGGUAUGCUUGGAGCGCCAACCGGAACAACGACCAGAAUGCCCGUGAUAACACUAGGAUCAGAGCUCAGUGACAACCGCCCUCGUGAUUACAGCGGCAUCCUCAAAGGCGGUCCCCGCCAGGAAAUUACCGGCCCGGCUUACCAGGACCAAACACGCCCUGCCCAGAUUGGAGAGGUUCACGCCCAGGCGCACCACGCUGCUGAGUACAACCGUUCGCUCAAUCAGCAACGUGACAUGCGUGGAGACUAUCUCCAGGGCAUUUGGAGGAGACCCCAUGAGCAACCCCAGUCCUCCAACCUGGCGCAGGCUGUAUCUACGAGCGACGCGGCAGCCCCGACGACGCGUGCAACGCAGUCACCCCACACAUCUGCCAGUGGCAUGCCACAGUCUGGUAUUGUGCCUAACCAAAGCCCGCAAAUGAUGAUGACGGCCCCGCCUUACUCCCAGUCGAUACACGCGCAGAAUCCGAUCAGUCAGGCUCCGAUGAGAGGUAUGGCCCAACCAUCUUCCCAAAAGAACAACAAGCCAACGACUUUGCCUGCAGCAGGGAGUGCGAGCAAUAUGCCGCAGGGGGCUCAGGGCUACCACUAUCCUGCGUCCGGCCAAAUGUGGCCCCAGACACAACAAACGCCUCAGCACAACUACUCGGGCUACACGACGCAGAAUCAGCAGUCGCAUCAGCAAUCACCAGCGCCUCAGCUUCGGCACGCGACGAGCAGUGUCCAGCCAGCGAUGCAAUUUCCUGGCAUGCCGGGUAUGGGCCAGAACUACGGUGCGGGUCAGGCAAUGUACCCCACAGACCAGACUCCUCGCCAGUACAUGCCUCAACCGAACCAAGGUUCUCCAGCGGUUACGCAGGCGUGGUCGAAUCAACAGACACCUGCACAGUGGUGGACAAACCAGCCCCAAUGA